UUCGCAACGGCCCUUUGCAUUUCUCCUUUGUUUCGAAACAAUUUUCAAUACUUAACAACAAAACAUAAUAAUAACUGCUUAAUAAUUCUUCUAGUUGAAUUCAAUACUUUGUUGGAUACACCAACAUUAUUUAAUUCAUUCUAGUAACAUAACCUAAUUCCUUAACCAACCUGCCUCAGAUUUUCGGUUUUCUUUUUUGUCUUAAAUGUUUGUUUUGACACAAAAUUGUUCAUUAUACCACUUUGCAAAUUGCAAUGCAAUCAAGUUUCUAAAACUUAACAACAUUAUUCUUCUUCUUUGCUUCCUUUAUUUACCUCCUAAAACAAAGGAUUGGAAGCAAAUUGGUAUUGUCUCUUUGAGAUUCCCAAAACUUCAUCUAUAAUCAUCAAGGUUUCAGUUUUGGUUUCAACAAUUUGGAGGUGCCGGAAUGGAACAGCUCCGGCAUAUUGGUGAGGUUCUUGGAAGUCUAAAAGCGCUUAUGGUUUUGCGCGACGAAAUUCAAAUCAAUCAGCGACAAUGUUGUUUGAUCCUCGACAUAUUCACUUUAGCGUUCGACACAAUCGCAGAUGAAAUAAGGCAGAAUCUAAAGCUUGAAGAAAGAACAACAAAAUGGAAACCUCUUGAGUUUCCCCUCAGAGAACUUUGCAGGGUUUUCAAAGAAGGUGAACUAUACAUCAAACAUUGUUUGGAUUCAAAAGAUUGGUUGGGGAAAGCACUCACACUUUCUCAGAACAGAGAAUGCAUUGAGUUUCACAUUCAUAACUUGUUAUGUUAUUUCCCUGCGGUUAUAGAAGCGAUUGAGAAUGCUGGUGAGGUGUCAGGCUUGGAUCAAGAUGAGUAUGUGAAGAAGAAAAUUAUGCUUGCAAGAAAAUAUGAUGUUGAGUGGAAUGAUCCAAAACUUUUUCAAUGGAGAUAUGGGAAACAGUAUUUGGUUCCAAGAGAGAUUUGCAUACAAUUGGAGAAUGCUUGGAGGGAAGAUAGAUGGAGACUCAUAGAAGCACUCAAGGAGAAAAAAGGUUCUUCAAAACUCACUUGUUCAAAGAAUGAGCAACAUCUUGCUGAUAUGUUGUUGAAGAAAAUGAUGCAUGGUUCAGAAAAAACCAAUAGUAAUAAUAACAACAAUAAUAAUAAGGAUUUGUUGCCAAUUUCUUUGUUGUUAGGAUCCAAGGAUUACCAAGUGAGGAGAAGAUUGGGAAGAGGAAAAGAUUUUAAGGAAAUCCAAUGGUUAGGACAAAGUUUUGCUUUAAGACAUUUUCAUGGUGAGAGAGAAGCACAUGAGGAGGAGAUUUCAAAUUUGCUAUCACUUUAUCACCCUAACAUAUUGGAAUAUCUAUGUGGUUUUUAUGAUGAAGAGAAGAAAGAGUUUUCUCUUGUGAUGGAGUUAAUGAACAAGGAUUUAUGGACAUACAUGAAAGAGAAUUGUGGUCCAAGGAGACAGAUUUUGUUCUCUAUACCUGUUGUGGUGGAUCUCAUGCUUCAAAUGGCCAGAGGCAUUGAGUUUCUUCACUCCAAAAAGAUUUAUCAUGGUGAUCUUAAUCCUUGUAAUAUCCUAUUAAGAGCUAGAAACUCUGAAGGUUAUUUUCUAGCAAAAGUUGUUGGAUUUGGCUUGUCUUCUGUUAAAAGUAGUGACAAUAACAAUAUUAAUAAAACUUCACCAACAAAUAACCCUACUAGUGAAGAGAUUAACCCUUCAAUUUGGUAUGCACCUGAGGUUUUAACUGAGAUAGAACAAAAGGGAAAUGCCAAAGCUUCUACUUCUUGUAAGUACUCGGAGAAAGCCGAUGCAUAUAGCUUUGGAAUGAUAUGUUUUGAACUGUUAACUGGUAAAGUUCCUUUUGAAGAUAAUCAUCUUCAAGGUGAUAGAACUAAUCAAAAUCUCAAAGCAGGAGAGAGACCUUUGUUUCCGUACCAUUCGCCAAAAUAUCUUGUGAGUUUGAUAAAAAAGUGUUGGCAAACCGAUCCAUCGCAGCGUCCUACUUUCUCGUCUAUUUGUAGAAUCUUGCGUUACACGAAAAAGUUCCUUUCGAUGAACAAUGAGUAUGCUAUGAUCAAUCCUGAACUCAAUCAGCUUGAACUACAGAACCCUCCUGUUGAUUGUUGUGACAUUGAAGGAUUUUUCCUUAAGAAUUUUCCAAUGGAGAGGAUAUGUAAUAUGUCUUCUGUUUCACAAAUACCAUAUGAAAUGUUUGCUUAUAAAGUUGUUGAGAAAGGGAAGAUUAAUCAGAGUCAGAAUAAUAAUAAUGCUAAAGAUAAGCGUUGUGAGUGUGAGCAACCAAAGGAUGAGACCUUGAUACGUAGGGAUGAAAAUGACCAAAGUACAGAUUGUGGAGAUGAUAAUGCAUCAAUUUGUGGUGACACAUUGUCUACUUUUUCUGAUGCACCAUCUGGGAAGAGUGUUUCAACGAAGAAACCAAUGCAAAUGAAGGCAAAGAAAGACCAAGGAAUACCAAAAUUAAGAGUAACAAGAUCAUUACCACCAUGUUCAUCUGGUCGCAUUUCAAGGACAAAUAAGGCGAAUCAAUCUAGCCCUCUAAGCCCUGUUAAAAGAAGACCUUCCAGUGUCUUAGAAUCUGAAAGCAAUUCCAAUAUUAUCAAAGGGAAUCAAUCACCAUUAGUGUUAACUUCAAGCUCAAUUAGAAGAAACAAAUAUGAAGGAGGACAUGUCAUAGAUGCAAAGCCUUCUAGUAUAAAGCUGAAAACAAGAGACCAAUCACCAUUAACUAGAAACGCCCUUGUCAAAGAUUAUAUUGGUAGUUUAAAGACAAAAAAAUCACAACUCACGUUGAAUCAUUCUUUGAGUCCAACAAGAAUGAGACGUGUCAAUAGUAACACUAGUGUGAGGAUGCAAAAGGGGUUUAUAUCAACACCUCCAAUGAGUCCUUCAAGGUCAUGCACAAACAAAAAAAGUUGUCAUGUAUCAGAUAUGGAUAAUAGUGGUUUGAAGAUACGACGUAGAUUGUCACCAUUGGCAUUGAGUCCUUUAAGUUCAUAUAUGAGAAGUAAAACAUGUGAAAAUCUUUCUGAUUUAGAGAGCAAUCCUAAUAAGACAAAAAGAGGAAGCUUGUCACCAUUUGCAUUGACCCCUUUGAGCCCAUAUGUGACAAUGGGUGGUCAUAUCUCGGAUUAAGGCCUUUUAUGUCUUUCAAUACUUGUGGAAGAUUGGUAUUUUAUGUUCUUUAGCACAGUUAACUAAUUUUGUCCCUAGAGGCUUAGACCAUUUUGAAUCAAACAGUUUUUCUCAGGGUUUAUUUAUUACGGGCAUAUAUUUUGGUAAGGUAAAUGAGAAACAGAAAAUGUAGCUUUUAUGGGAAGGUUAAUUAGAAGUAGAGUUUUGUCACUGUCUACUAUUUUCAAUCUUUUGGAUAUUUCAUGUGUUUUAGGACUGGUUUUUUUGCAACUGAAUUUUGAGUGGAUA